CGUGGGAAAAUAGAAAAAGAGUGGAUAAAGUAAUAUUCUUCUUCUCAAGAUAAGAUUUUGAACCUCUUACGCAAUUCCGCCAAAAACCCUAAUUCAGUUCAGAAAAAUAAUCAUCCGUAAGCUUUUAUUACAUUCAGAUUACAAAGAAUUAUGAGUGUGAAGUAAACUUUACAAAUUUUUCUACCAAGGAAUCAUGAAUUUUCCAGCGACAGUAAGAGAGAAUUUUUCUUGCAUUUUGAAGUGUAGUUCUUGUUCUAAUCUUCCGUUACAUCGUUUUACUGCUUCUUCAAUUGUUGUGAGAGGGAAAUGUGUACCGAGGGGUAAUCUACAGAUAGCUUCAGGUUCUAGGUUUUUGCUGCAGCAUAAGCGAAGAGUUAUUGUUUGCCGAGUGACGGAGACAGAAUCUGAUCCAGAAAGCAAUGAUGAUAAGGAAAAGGAGAUAGUUGAAGAUGGAAAUAUUGCACCUUCCCCCGAAUUGGAUGUGCAGAAUAAUGGACAGCUCGAUUCUCAGCCUACCGUCAUUGAUCAAAACAAAGAGGAUUCAACCAUGGCGACAAUGCUCGCGUUAGAAAAAUUAGCUGGAAGUAAUGAUAGCAAACUUGAGUCUUCAGGUAGCACUCAGAUCAAAGAGGAUUCAACGAUGGCGACUAUGAACGCGUUAGAAAAAUUAGCUGGAAAUAAUGAUGGCAAACUUAAGUCUCCAGGUAGCACUCAGAUUAAAGAGGAUUCGACAAUGGCGACUAUGGACGCGUUAAAAAAGUUAGCUGGAAAUAAUGAUGUUGAACUCAAGUCUCCAGUUAGUACCGAGGGUGACAGUUCAGAAGUUGCUACUGGGUCUCCUCUGCCGGGUCUUAAGGAGAGUGAUAAUAUAGAAGUUGCUAGUGGAUCUCCUCUGCCAGGUCUGAAGCAACUAAGUGAGUCGUACAGGAUCCCUAAGGAAACCAUUGACAUUAUAAAAGAUCAAGUUUUUGGUUUUGACACCUUCUUCGUUACAAGCUAUGAACCAUAUGAGACUGGAAUUUUGUUCAAAGGAAACCUGCGUGGCACUGCAGCCAAAAGUUUUGAAAGGAUAAAAACAAGGAUGGAGGGUAAGUUUGGGGAUGAAUAUAAGCUCUUCCUUCUUAUCAAUCCAGAGGAUGAUGUCCCAGUGGCUGUUGUGGUUCCUAAGAUGACAUUGCAACCUGAGAGUACUGCUGUUCCAGAAUGGGUGGCAGCUGGUGCAUUUGGAUUGGUCACUGUUUUUACACUACUUCUCCGAAACGUCCCUGAACUACAGACAAAUUUACUAUCCGUUUUUGACAAUGUCGACUUGUUGAGGGGUGGCCUCUCAGGAGCUUUUGUAACUGCAUGUAUUUUGGGGGUGCAUGAACUUGGCCACAUCUUAGUUGCAAGAAGCGCAGGAAUUAAACUUGGGGUGCCGUACUUUAUUCCUAGUUGGCAGAUAGGCUCAUUUGGUGGCAUUACCAGAAUUAUAAAUAUUGUUCCCAACCGCGAGGACCUCCUUAAGUUUGCAGCCGCUGGACCUGUGGCUGGAUUCUCUCUGGGUGUUGCUCUUCUUCUCUUGGGGUUUUUCUUACCACCUAGUGAUGGUAUUGGUGUCGUAGUGGACGGGAAUGUCUUCCAUGAAUCAUUCCUGGUUGGAGGCAUUGCAAAGCUUCUUCUUGGUGAUGUUUUAAGAGAAGGAACUCCUAUCUCUAUAAAUCCACUAGUAAUAUGGGCAUGGGCAGGACUUCUUAUUAAUGCAAUCAACAGCAUUCCUGCUGGGGAGCUUGAUGGAGGUCGUGUCUCUUUGGCUCUUUGGGGACGAAAGGCUUCAAAUCGGUUAACAGGCGUAUCAAUAGCUCUGCUUGGACUGUCAUCGCUAUUCAACGACGUGUCAUUCUAUUGGGUCGUCCUGAUAUUCUUCUUGCAGAGAGGGCCUAUUGCUCCACUGUCGGAGGAAAUCAGCGAUCCUGACAACAAGUUCAUCGGUCUUGGCAUCACGGUUUUGACCUUAGGCUUGCUAGUAUGUCUACCUUACCCUUUCCCUUUUACCACUGAAGACGCCGUAAUGGGUUUAAGGAGUACAAUUGAAUCCCUUGGGGGAUAAUAAAAGUGUGAGUGUACAUUAAGUCUAAAAGUUUUUGAUUGAAAUCAUGAUACUUUUACAACUUGUAGGCAUACGUACAUAUACAGAGUAAAUUGUUUUGCUUCAGGUGAUUUAAGGUUCUUAUGCAUGGUUCAAGCGGUGAUAAAUGGUUAAUAAUAGUCCUGCACUUGGGAAUACGGUUUUUGUUUCCUAUCUA